AUGGCACUGCUCCCCGCAGACCACAGCUCCACCGAGCUGUGGCUCAGGCCCAAUCACAAGCCGCAGAAGCUCAACGCCCGCACUGUUCCAAAUGCCAUCGUCAACCAUCCAUCCUUCUUUGUUCGGGGAAUCUCUCCCACAUCAAACAUUCCCCUCAACGUCCUACCUCCAUUCCACCCCGUUGCUUCGACCGCACACUUUGCUCGAUCCGACGCAGAACCGCACGCUUUUCUCUUUUACUUCAUUCGUUUCAUUUUUUGGGUCGCUGGAGAGAUCCGCCGAGUUUCGACGAUCCUCGACAGCUCUCCUCUUCCCUUCUUCACAUCCAUCGAGCUCUCUACCCCAAAGGCAUAG